GGAGCGCCGCCGCCGCCGCCGCCGCCGCCUCGUCCGCCUCGCUCGCCGGGCCGCGGCCGCCCGAGGGACUUUGAACAUGUCGGGGAUCGCCCUCAGCAGACUCGCCCAGGAGCGAAAAGCCUGGAGGAAGGACCACCCGUUUGGCUUUGUGGCCGUCCCGACAAAGAAUCCCGACGGCACGAUGAACCUCAUGAACUGGGAGUGCGCCAUUCCGGGGAAGAAAGGGACUCCCUGGGAAGGAGGCUUGUUUAAGCUCCGGAUGCUUUUCAAAGACGAUUACCCAUCCUCACCCCCAAAAUGUAAAUUUGAGCCACCGCUGUUUCACCCGAACGUGUACCCUUCGGGCACAGUGUGCCUGUCCAUCCUCGAGGAGGACAAGGACUGGAGGCCAGCCAUCACAAUUAAGCAGAUCUUGUUAGGAAUACAGGAACUUCUAAAUGAACCAAAUAUCCAGGACCCAGCUCAAGCAGAGGCCUACACGAUUUACUGCCAAAACAGAGUGGAGUACGAGAAGAGGGUUCGAGCACAAGCCAAGAAGUUCGCACCUUCAUAAGCAGCGACCACACAGCAGCGUAAGAAGGAAGGGAUUGGUUUGGCAAGAACUUGUUUACAACAUUUUUGCAAAUCUGACGUUGCUCUGUACAAUUACUAGUCACCUGGGAGGGGGGCGGGCGCCAUUUUCCAUUUCCGCCGCUGGCACGCAGUCCUCGACGCGCUGAGCUGCCCGGUUUUUCAUACAGGGUCUCUUCCUUCGGUCUUUUGUAUUUUUGAUUGUUAUGUAAAACUUGCUUUUAUUUUAAUAUUGAUGUCAGUAUUUCAACUGCUGUAAAAUUAUAAACUUUUAUACUUCGAUGAGCCCCGAGGAGCUAGUUUCCUUUGCUCGCGGAUGCAGGCAUGCCUCCCGCCGUGUAGAGCUACGCAGCCGCCCGCCGGCCCCUCCCGCCUUGCUCCCCGCAGACCCCGGUUGUGUUGCUUAUGAGCCUCAGAUCCAAAGGCCGCCGGCGUCUCGUUUCCGCAUCACUUCCUUUGUGUUUAUAUGGCGUUUUGUCUGUGUUGCUGUUUAGAGUAAAUAAACUGUUUAUAUAAAGGUUUUCGUUGCAUUAUCGUCAUUAAGAGCGUGAGGAGGCGGCCUCACGGUGCCUGGCCCCCCACACGGCUGCAGGUGCCCGGAGCCCAGCUCGCUGCUGUGCCCGGCCUUGCCUGGACCCGCGUGGCGCUCGGCCCAGGCCUCUGAACAGUGCUGUGUGCGAGGACGGCGUGCGUCCAGGGCCUGUCCCCACACCCCAGGUCUGGGGGCUGCGCAGAGAGCGGAUGGGGUCAGGUCGGAAGUGGUGUCAAGAGCCUUCUAGAACUGGCGUGGGCAGGACCCAGCCCCAGGGAAGACGGGGCGCCAGCAGCUCCCCCUCGUUCUGGCACGUGCUGGUGUCCACCUCGGGCCUGCAGUCUUCAGUGCCCACCCGGCCUCACUGGCUGCCCUGCGACCUCCCUGCGCUCGCUGCGCCAGCCCCCACCCCAAGUGCGGGGGCCAGGCUGAGGCCACCGUGCACAGGCGCCUCCCUGUUCCCGAGGGGCUCUGAGCCCGGUCUGCCUGCUGCGCUGUGCUCACAUAGCACCCCAAAACCUGCGCCCACUGCACAGCUUCCCCAGGUCAGCUGCCUGCUCAGUUGGGAAACAGGUCUGGGAGCUGGCUCAGCCGCCGGAGGCCCUAGGUGGAGACGGGCAAGCCAGGGGCCCGGCCUGGUGAGCUCAAGACCCUGCACCAGCUGACCUCGCCUUUCCCCCAUCCCCCGCUCCAGGGACUCUCAACGGCUCACCUGUGGUUCCAGCGCAUAGACCGAGCCAGGGCCGGAGGGCCCGUCGCAAGGGCCCUUGGUCAGGAAGGGCAUCGGGACACGGCCCAGCGGCAGGAUGGCCGCAGAGGUUGGAGGCCGUGUCCGGAGGCUCCUCGGCCACAGUUCUUGCGUGGCUCCGAGGUCCCAGUGCCUUGCUCGCUCGCUUAGCCGGACGAAGCUGGACGUUUGAUGUUGGUGAUUUGUUCUGAUACAGACGGCCUUCACGGGGACUCAGCUGGCUUGUGUGUCUGUAGCCUCUCCCAGAAUGUCUUAUUUUGUAAUGACUGAGCGACACUUAGUAACGGCUGCACAUGUAUAUGGUUAAUAUAUAUGGAAAUUCAAUAUAUUUUCUAGUUGAAGCAUUCUGAAGUAAUCAAUGUUUCUAGCAGAUUGUCAUGAUUUCCACUAAUGAAAUGUCCUUUUGUGCCACAGUCCUUGGCUUAAUAAAGAUGUGACUCUUGUAACAGGA